GCGGAAGGGGCGGGGCUCCGCGAGCGGACUCUCUAUCCCUUGUGGGUCCCUGUUCAGCGCCCGGCCGUGUGUAGAGCCGGGAGCCAAUCCGGGCCUCCGAGGCGAAGAUGGUGGACUACAGCGUUUGGGAUCAUAUCGAGGUGUCGGACGAUGAGGACGAGACGCACCCCAACAUCGACACGGCCAGCCUCUUCCGCUGGCGGCACCAGGCCCGAGUGGAGCGCAUGGAGCAGUUUCAGAAGGAGAAGGAGGAACUGGACCGGGGCUGCCGUGAAUGCAAACGCAAGGUAGCUGAGUGCCAGCGCAAGCUGAAGGAGCUGGAAGUGGCGGAGGGCAGUGGCCAAGUGGAGCUUGAGCGUCUGCGAGCUGAGGCACAGCAGCUGCGCAAGGAGGAGCGAAGCUGGGAGCAGAAGCUGGAGGACAUGCGCAAGAAGGAGAAGAGCAUGCCCUGGAACGUGGACACCCUCAGCAAAGAUGGCUUCAGCAAGAGCAUGGUCAAUACCAAGCCUGAGAAGGCAGAGGAGGACUCAGAGGAGGCGAGAGAGCAGAAGCACAAGACCUUCGUUGAGAAGUACGAAAAACAAAUCAAACAUUUUGGCAUGCUCCACCGCUGGGAUGACAGCCAGAAGUACCUGUCGGACAACGUCCACCUGGUGUGCGAGGAGACCGCCAACUACUUGGUGAUCUGGUGCAUCGACCUGGAAGUGGAGGAGAAGUGUGCGCUGAUGGAACAGGUGGCUCACCAGACCAUGGUGAUGCAGUUCAUCCUGGAGUUAGCCAAGAGCCUGAAGGUCGACCCCCGCGCCUGCUUCCGGCAGUUUUUCACCAAGAUCAAGACCGCCGACCACCAGUACAUGGAGGGCUUCAAGUAUGAACUGGAGGCCUUUAAGGAGCGUGUUCGGGGCCGCGCCAAGCUGCGUAUAGAGAAGGCCAUGAAGGAAUAUGAGGAGGAGGAGCGCAAGAAGAGGCUGGGCCCUGGUGGCCUGGACCCCGUGGAGGUCUACGAGUCCCUGCCCGAGGACCUGCAGAAAUGCUUUGAUGUGAAGGACGUGCAGAUGCUGCAAGACGCCAUCAGCAAGAUGGAUCCUACUGAUGCCAAGUAUCACAUGCAACGUUGCAUCGAUUCUGGCCUCUGGGUCCCCAACUCCAAGUCUGGUGAGGCCAAGGAGGGGGAGGAGGCGGGCCCCGGGGACCCAUUGCUGGAAGCCGUCCCCAAAGCGGGCAACGAGAAAGACAUCAGUGCGUGACCUGCCCCAGCCACUGCCACUGGCCUGCAGGCCUCUGUGGGCCCUUCUCCAGAAAAGGAAACCUAGACACCAUGUUCCUAGCUCCUGACUUCCUUCACUUCUGCUGCCCCUCACAUCCCAACCCUUGGCUUGCCCCAUGUCCCCUCUCCUCCAGCCUGUCCCCAGCACUCAUCAGACUUCCUGCUUCGGGUUGAGGGGCUCUACUGUCUUCAGCCCCUCCCCCCAUCAGCAUUAUGCCAAAGUCCUGGGGGUCUGGGGAGGGGCAACAGUUGCCAGAUUGGUCCACUGGGUUGGGUAUACACAUGUCCCCAGAUGGGCAGGGUCUGUCCCUAUGGAUCUGUGAUCACUGUUUUUCUUCUGUCUAGCUUUCUAUCCUGCAACUGGCAACAAUGUCUAAUAAACAGUUCCAGGUGCUGGA